AUGCUCUGUUCAAAGUGCAAGGGUUGCCUCCAGACGGAAGCUUGCCUGACCACUGCCCAGGCAUGUCACUCUUUAGCACAUCACCAGACGUACCAGAGUCUGGAGCAAGCUAUUGACGCGGGAUGUUAUAUCUGCAAUCGUUUCUGGGAGGCCCUGAGUGCCCAAGAGCAUGUGCUUCUCUCUAGCACUGUGGGCGAAGGAGUAGAGCCAUCAGGUGCAUAUUGCGCCAUUGAAUCAGUUCAACACUAUCUCACAAGUACUUCUCUGGAUGAUGGGAAGUCUUAUGGUCACCCUGGCUGCUACCUUCUACAGGUUGCAUACAACAAGCCUGCCAUCACAACCUGCUUCAGAGCGAGCUUUCUUCUUGAACCCGUCGAGUGUGCAAAUACAAACCUCGCACGUCAGAGCCUCGCCCAAAGCACACAAUCCCCAGAGACAUUAUCUUUGGCCAAGGAUUGGGUCAGAGAAUGUACCGCGCAUCAUGAACGAUGCAAAACGCCCGUCGGCGAGAAGCCAUGGUACCCGACACGCCUGCUCUCCUUCGACCUCCCUGAGGCAUCAAUAGUCCGCUUGCUGGAGACGGAUCAAACAACUCCUGUUGGACAAUACAUGACACUCACUCAUCGCUGGGGACCUGUUGACCAUAUAAUAUUAACGAAAGAAACAUAUCCACAGCUGCUCGAAGGCCUUCCCUUAUCUACCCUACCCCAACUCUUCCGGGAUGCCGUUUCUAUCUGUCGCCAUUUGGGCGUAGGAUAUAUUUGGAUUGAUUCCCUCUGCAUCUUCCAGGGCAAGGAUAACAUUGGAGAUUGGCAGCAUGAGGCUUCGCUUAUGAAGAAUGUGUACUCAAAUUCAUUUUGCAACAUCUCGGCGGCCGACACCCCCAAUUGUUCUCAGUCGAUUUUCAACAGCAGAGAUCCCCGUUUGCUUAACCCCCAAGUGGUAGAGCUGACCCUGUGUGGGGAGGGCAGCGCAAAGAUCACAGAGAGUUUUGUCCUUUCAGAUUAUAGGUUCUGGAAAUCGGAGGUCUCAAACGCCCUUGUGAACAAAAGAGGUUGGGUUCUUCAGGAGCGCUUCCUAGCCCCUCGCAUCCUUCACUUUAGCAGGCGACAACUCAUCUGGGAGUGCUGCGAGAAAGACGCUGCGGAAGUCUAUCCUGAUGGUCUGCCGCUUGCCCUCUCGACAUCCUCGGACGCGAGAUUUAAACAGAUGGAUUCAUCCGACUAUACUGGUCGAGUGGGCCGGUACAAGUACCGCGAGGCUGACGCUUCUGCGCUCACAGUUCCCAGCGAUAAGCUCAUUGCGUGUUCCGGUAUUGCCAAAAGGGUGGCCGAGAUCGUGCAGGACGAUUACGUCGCUGGUAUGUGGCGUCGGUAUCUAGAAGGCGAACUGCUGUGGAUGGUACAGGGCAAUCAUCAGCCCGGACGUUGGACGCGACCUAGAGAAUAUCGUGCUCCCAGUUGGUCUUGGGCUUCAAUUGAUGGCCCGAUCACUCCCGGCGAGCCACGAAUUCAAGAUUCGUUGAUUACGGUUGAAGACUACCACCUUGAUUACUGGACAAGCGAUAAGACUGCUGCAAUUCGUGGUGGUUGGCUACGCCUUCGUGGAGUCCUCAAGAAGACAACUUUAGCACGCAAAAGCUCUACGCCGGGCGGAGGCUACCAUUGGGACAUGAUGUUAGAUAAUGAAAGGGUCAAUGUCCUGGAGGAGGCAUCGCCGGGCAACACUGAGCCGCGAGUGAUGCUUGAUAUUCUCCAGGAAGACUUUAAGGAAGAAAACACCAAAGGAUUGUUGUUCUCUAUGUGUGCUAGGUCGAAAACUGGGGAUGGAAGAGAAAACUUAGAGUCAAUCUACGAUGUUUGGGUGGCCAUGCUACAAAAGUCCACAUUGCCGUCCAGUAUGGCAUCCAAUGACCCGCGCAUCAGCCUUGUACUUCAGGACUUGGCAGAAGAAUCUGAGAACACAGAUGUGGCGCUUUCGAGACUCGCCUCGGUUCAAUUGGUAGCCGCCCCGAACAAAAAGAAAAAUCAAAUUAUAAUUAAUUCACGCCUCACAAGUCGAGAUUUGAACGUGUCCAACAAGACUUUGGAUGAACUUGCAGCCGAAAUUUACGGCAGGUACCCUGCAGAACUCAUCCAGGCUGCAGAAUACAUGACGCGGGUUGGAGAGUCAGGGAAAGAGAUUGAUGCCGCAGAAAAGAGGGUCCACUUAGAAAAGCUAAAGGUCUUGGCUCGGUCCGUUCCUGGCAUGAGUUCGGAGUUAGCCAUGCAUAACCUGGAUGUGGAGUCACCAGUUGUGGGGAAAAUUAGAAAAAAGCAGGAGGUUUGUGUCUGA